AUGGCUGGAAUGCGGAGGGGUGACAAGACAGUUUUUCUUCUGAUCUGCUUAUUGGGACUGUUUCUGGACUUGGUCAAUGGCAGCUUGGUGAAGCAGCGGUCUCAUUCGAGCUUUAUCCAUCGGAGGCUAAACAGCAGGGAGAGACGAGAAAUGCAGAAAGAGAUCUUGUCUAUUCUGGGCUUACCUCGGCGUCCCAAACCUUUGCUUUCUGUCAAACGCUCAUCAUCUGCUCCAGUCUUCAUGCUGGACCUUUAUCGCACCAUGGCCAAUGAAGAGUCAGACAGGUGGCAAGGAGCUUCAUUGCCUUUUCAUGUGUUCCAGAACACUCGGAGACCUCUUGAAGAGACCUUCCUCAGUCAAGCAGAUACCAUUAUGAGCUUUGUCAACGUAGUGGAGCACAAUGAAGAUGUUUUUCACCAUAAGGGACAGUGGAAAGAAUUUAAGUUCGAUUUAACUCAGAUUCCUCGUGGUGAAAUGGUAACUGCUGCAGAGUUUAGGAUCUACAAAGGAACCAAUGACAAUUUCCAUGGGAACAUGACCCUUCAUAUCUCAAUUUACCAAGUGUUGCAGGUGCUCCAGGAGAGAGAACCAGAGCUCCUCCUAUUGGACAAUCAAGAAAUAUGGCCCACAGAAGAAGGGUGGCUGGAAUUUGACAUCACAGCAACAAGUAACGAUUGGUUGAUGAAUCCUCAUUAUAAUCUGGGUCUGCGGCUUUGUGUGGAGACUGAGGAAGCUCCCGGACGCAGUCUAGACCCUGACUCUGUUGGGCUGAUAGGACGACGAGGGCCCCGUUCAAAGCAGCCAUUCAUGGUAACCUUUUUCAGAGCAAGUCCGGCACCUAUUCGUACAACGCGGACUACAAAACCACGGAGAGGACGUAAGAAGCACAACCAGUCACAGGAAUCCUGUGAGAGACUACCUAGCACAACAGCAGCCCGUUAUUCUGGAGAUCACAGGCGAGUAUGUAAGAGACAUGAUCUGUAUGUUAGCUUCCGCGACCUCGGCUGGCAGGAUUGGAUAAUUGCACCAGAGGGCUACGCAGCAUUUUAUUGUGAUGGAGAAUGUUCGUUUCCACUUGACUCCCACAUGAAUGCAACUAACCAUGCAGUUGUUCAGACAUUGGCUCAUCUGUUGAAGCCGGAAGCAGUUCCGAAGCCAUGCUGUGCACCAACUAAACUCAGUGCCACCUCCGUUCUCUACUUUGAUGAGAAAUACAAUGUGAUAUUAAAAAAGUACCGGAACAUGGUGGCAAAAUCAUGUGGCUGUCAAUAAACUAUUCCAAGUGUGUUGCAAUUGUGCUUGGUCAAAUAUUCAAGGAAGAAUACCAUCGAGGAAAGAGCAAGUGAAUAAAGCACUGCAGUCUCCUUUACAUUGCCGAGUGUUAAUAUUUAAUAUGUCACAAUUUGAUUUAGAUCUGUAUAAUAGAAUCUCAUU